AUGUCUGAGUUGAAGAUCAAAGAAGGUUUGGCCAAGAUGUUGAAAGGUGGGGUUAUCAUGGAUGUGGUCAACUACGAACAAGCCAAGAUUGCAGAAAGAGCCGGUGCCUGUUCCGUCAUGGCUCUUGAAAGAAUUCCUGCUGAGAUGAGGAAAUCAAACCAAGUAUGCAGAAUGUCAGAUCCACAGAUGAUCAAAGAAAUUAUGCAAAACGUCCAAAUACCGGUUAUGGCUAAAGUCAGAAUUGGACAUUUCGUUGAGGCCCAAAUUUUGGAAGCCUUGAAGGUCGACUACAUUGAUGAGAGUGAAGUUUUGACUCCUGCUGACACUGUCGAUCACAUUGACAAGAACAAAUUCACCGUCCCAUUUGUAUGUGGUGCAAGAAACUUGGGUGAAGCAUUGAGAAGAAUAAAUGAGGGUGCUGCCAUGAUCAGAUGUAAGGGUGAAGCUGGUACUGGUGAUAUUUCUUCCGCUGUUGACCACAUCAAGACCAUUACCAAGGACAUUCAAGAAGCAUGUCAAUUAAAGACUGAUGCGGAGAGACAAUCAUUGGCUAAAGAAUUGAGAGUUCCAGUUGAAUUGGUAAACACUGUUGUCGAAUUGAAAAGAUUGCCUGUUGUCACUUUUGCCGCUGGUGGUGUUGCCACUCCUGCUGAUGCUGCAUUGUUGAUGCAAUUGGGAUGUGAUGGAGUUUUUGUCGGAUCAGGUAUUUUCAAAUCCCUGAACCCUGAAAAGCUUGCUACUGCUAUCGUUAAUGCUGUGACUCAUUAUGAUGACCCAAUCAAGUUGUUGGAAUACUCGACCGACUUGGGUGAGUUGAUGCCUGGUAUCUCUGUUGAUUCCAUCAAGGAAAAUGAAAAAUUGGAAAAAAGAGGUUGGUAA